AAGGAUGAGGCAUUGGGUGGUGACUGACCAAUGAUGACAUAUUUGGGGGGGAAAGCAGUUCUGAGGAUGAUCAUGAGUUUCUGCUUUCCUUGGUUUAAACAUUUGUAAAGAGGAAUGAACGACGUGCAAGUUGUCAGUGAGUAUGGGGGUGGACGGUGUUGACAUCAUGAUGAUUCAAACUGAUGCCAAACUAUAAGAGGGGAGAGUGCAAUUCAUUAAGAGAGAAUUCCCCACAGUAGAGAAGAACUGGUGUGAGGAGAUUGUGCUCACCUCUGAGCCACACCUGAAAAAUGGGGGACUGGUCUUUUCUUGCCUCUCUGUUGGACAAAGUACAAUCCCACUCUACAGUUGUCGGAAAGGUUUGGCUGACGGUCCUGUUCGUGUUCAGACUGCUGGUACUGGUGGCAGGGAUAGAAAAAGUAUGGGGAGAUGAACAAUCACGUCUGGACUGCAACACACUUUCACCGGGCUGUAAGAAUCUGUGCUACGACCGGGCUUUCCCCAUCUCCCACAUCCGCUUCUGGGUCCUUCAAAUCAUCUUCGUCUCCAUCCCAACUCUGGUUUACCUGGCACACGUCCUGCACGUCAUCCGCAAGGAGAACAAACUGAGACGAAAACAAUCAAAAGGAAAGAAUGGAAUUGUGAAAGUGCCCAAAUACACUGACGACAAGGGCAAAGUUCACAUAAAGGGGACCUUGCUUGUCAGUUACAUGUCCAAUGUGUUUUUUAAGAUUCUAUUUGAGGUUGGAUUCAUAGUGGGUCAGUAUUACCUGUAUGGCUUUGUAUUGCCUUAUAAGAUUAAAUGCAGUGGAUACCCAUGUAAGGGAGACCAUGUAGAGUGCUUCAUAUCGCGGCCCACUGAGAAGACUAUCUUUAUCAUCUUCAUGCUGGUGAUGGCUUGUGUGUCUCUGCUGCUCAAUGUGGUGGAGAUGUUCCACCUGAUUGGAUCAAAGGUUAGGCAGGGGCGUAACAGACAACCUCCAGCAGCUGAGAGGUAUGCACUCCAUGAUAAACAUAGACAGUUUGAUAAAGAGUCAUUUUGCUGAAUAUCCAGUUGAAUCACUGUCUAACUUAAUUUGUUUUCUCAUGUAUGACGAGUGCCAUUGACCUCAUAAUUAUAACAACAAAUCCCAAAUACAAUACGUUGUUGUUUUUACCGCUGCUCUCUGACUCUGUUGUGUAAAAUUGAUUGACUGACAACUGAAUUAGUUCUUUUUGUGUGUUUUUUGUUUGUGAAGUGGAUCAUUUGAUAAUGACAUGUGCCUUUUCAACAAAUACAACAAAUCAAAUCAAAGUUGAUUUGUUGCGUACACAGAUUAGCUUGUCUGGAUCCAUGCAAUCAUAUAUCAAAUAUCAAAUUUGAGUUCACUGAGUUUUAUGAUGUUACAUCAUUUCUCUUCACAUGUACAGCUGUAGACUGACACAAUUUUUCAUGAUGUAGCAAAAGCAAUGUGAAUAGAAGAUGAUUAACUUGUACUGAAAAUGUCACCUACUAAAAUGUAACCAUAAUUGACUUAUAAUAUACUUUACAUUCCUGCAGAUAUACAUACAGUGUGUAGACUACAGCCACUGGGCACAGACAUCAAUUCAACCUAAUUUAAUUGAAAUGAUGUGAAAACAAUGUUGAUCAACCGGUGUGUCCAGUGGACAGCCUCAUUGCACACACAUUUGUUAUGGUCCGUUACCAUGACAAGUUUGUUUGACCUCUUGACCCAUGAAGACUAUACUGUGUAUACAGCUUAUGUUUUGGUCUGAGCCAAAUAAAUCACUGAUAUAAUUUACACAUCAAAGUCCUGUUUUGCUACACGAUUGACUUUUUUUUAUAUAUAUGAUGUACACAUAGAGAAAAAACAUCUCACCAGUCCCCUGUAACAUAAAACAUAAAUAUAACAUAAAAUACAUUCAAGACAAAGCUCACAUUUUAUCUUUUUACAAAAACAUAAAUAAAUUACUAAAUCAAAUUGACAUAUUCACAUGACGAAGUUACAAAUAUUUUCUGAAACAAUUUUUAGUGUUGCGGGUGAUUUCGGACGAAGUCAGACGCAGGAGACACUUAUCUCCCUCACUAUCUCCCUCACUUAUCUCCCUCACUAACUUUAAGCAUCAGU